GAAUAAAUGACCUACAUAUUGCCUAAAGUCGGGAGUUUGAGUGUGUACGUUACCGUUGUUGAGUGGGAUAUCGUUCAUUUAAGUUAUAUGUUUUCUAGAGAAGUAACCUACAAGAAGUUACCAAACGCCGUGAAUCUUGUGUCACAUUCAUUUUCGCACUUAAAGUUAUGAUAACCAAUCUGCGGUGUGAGUGAUUUUUUCUUGAAUUUAUCCAGAAAUGUGACACGAGCAUCUUUGUUAGGGACAAAAAAAGAAAUUUAUCACCUUUAACUUUUUGUUUUGCAAGGUUCUUUCUGUACCGGUUUUUAAUUCACUUCAACACGAAUGUGAUGGUUACUAAGAUGCUACCGUGGGAUUGCAUUUUGUGUCAAAUAGGUAGUCGUUGUGUAACUACGCUUCCCAGUUUACGAUAAAUCUUAGAAUAUUAGACUAGUCAAAGUCCGCUUACGCGUAAAAUAUAAUUGUGGGAUACGUUAAUGUAUGCCUUAGAGCCCUCGCUACCAGCUCAGAACUAUUCAGCAUCCUUAUAGUUAACGAGACUACUUUUACCCCCUGUCCUGCCGACUUGAGUAAGAACUCCACUUUUGGAACGGGUGCCUUGUUGAUGAUAAGCCCUGUAGAAAUAAAUGUUUGCCAAUUGGUUAUGUUUAUAGUUUGCGAACUGAGUAAUUGUUACCAAACAGAAAUCAUGGUAAAAUGCCCCGAAAUUUCACGAUGUAAAGAAAUUAUAUUGGAAACUAACGUCGCGAUCGCCUUAAAUCCAUUUUUAGUUGGUAUUGAUUUCAUUUUCUAUAAGUUUUAUUUGGGGACCACACACCCCUAACAUUAUUAUCCUUGGGUAUAUAUAUACAUAAUGUUGAAAAAUAGCCGAUCAUAUUGGAUGCAAGUCAAUGGGCGUGUACUUUACUGUGGUAAAUGCUAACGCCCUGGUACGGCCGAGAGUGGGGAGAGUCCUCUCUCCCUCUCGAGAUGCUCUCACAUAGCCACGCGUAUAUAGCCUCUGCCAGGGAAGUCCUACUCACUGCCUUCUCGUGGCGGGGGUGUUGUUUACGAAAAUGAGAGGACGAAAAGCGAAUGUCCGGCGCCUUAACCGGAUCCCAAACCAAUGGUGCAUGUGGGCUCCAGUAUCCUGCGGGAACAAAUGGCGUAUGAACGAAUCAUUGGUCACCGGGUACCAUGGCACUGCAUCUUUUCACGAUGCUCCACUGCCUUGUAGGUUAGACCUUUAGGUCGAAGGCUCGGAGUGUGGCCCCCUAAGAAAACUACCUGCUUCGUUUUGGGCACCCAGGCAGUAUCACAGCCCUCACACAUAUCAAAUGAGAUCUGUGUGGCUCAUAUGUAUUUGGUACCUCUUUGUACCAAUAUCUAUGUUUUAAAAUAAAUAAUAAUAAUAAACAGUAAAAAUCAAAGUUGACAGUAACUCGAAAUAGGGUGAACGAAUUACUAAGUACCAAAUCUAAUGGUAUCUCCUAACAACUGGGUCUCAGUUUUGAACCCUACCUCAAUUACAGUGUCGAAUCGAUAUAAUCGUAAUCGACUUGAUUCAUUUUCAUACACAAGCCUACCUAACGGCUGAGUCGUAACUUUUUCCCUUGUAAUAUACGAUUGUGGAUCUGAAUUAGUUAUUCUGUACAGUGACCCAUCACAUCUGUGUAAUUAAAAUUUUUAUUUCAUUGUCGAUUUCAAUAGAUUUUGAGAAACACAAGUCCCUGAUUAAGAGUCAUAAUUCAAAAUCAUGAUGUUUCCUACUUUAGGAUUUCUAAACUAUACCAUUUUGUUAGAAUCAAUAGGAACUUCUAAGUCGCUUUCAGUUUUAAUACCUUUCUUUGUUGUUCGACUUCUUCGUUUGUUGCAUUGGAUUUGUUUUCAUUAGGUGUCAAGUGUUGUAACCUCACGUGAAAAAAAAACAAAAUACCGAAAAGCCUAAUAAUUCUAAUUCCUUCACUUACCCAGUAGUUCAAGUGGGACCAUGCCUGAUCUACGCCACUCUUAUGGUAGAAACAAACUUUACUUCUUAAGACUUCGUCGAUUCUGUCAGUUUAUUUUAAAUCUCGGCAGGGAUGGAUUUUAUGACGGCUGGCUGGGAAAGGAAUCUUAUUGCACUCUGAACACAGCGGAGGAUUUUAGGCUGCUAUAUUCCGAGAAAGCUCGCGUUAUUUGUGCUAUGUGGUACUUUUUGUCGAGACACAAGUUUAAAGAGGCUGCUAGGUUACUAGCUCACUCGAUCCAUGCAUAUCCAAUGUCACCGACCUGGAUAUGGAGGGUGGCAUUCCAUAUAUUUCAGUGUUUGAAAGAUGAUGUUGGGUUGAGAUCAUUUAGUAGGGUUUUGGAUGGGUUUCUUCUGAGUGAUGAAAAUAACCGUAUAUUAGAGUUUAUAUUAUAUGAGAUCAGCAAAGGAAACUUGAAUGCUGUACAGUUUUGUCGCACAAAUAUACAGCCCGUUCAACGAAAUAAAUAUGCAAGUCUUCAUACAGUUUUGACAAGAGAGCCAGAAUUUGCACAUGUUCAGCGAUUACAAAGACUCUAUGAAGGUUACAGCUUUUAUGGAAUGUGGCUUAAACAAAUUAAUUCAUUGGUAUCAACUAGUGAUCCCGAAGAUAUUCAUAUGACAGCCGAUAAUUUAGCUGAGAAAGCUUACCAUCGAUUACAAGAAGUUGAAGCUCUCGUUUCUGAGGGUCAUUUGUGCGACACCUUUGUCAGAGCAUUUGUUGAAAUACUGCAAUAUUUUAAUGAAUGUACACGUGCGCAUGCCUUACUACUUAGUUAUGCUCAAAAAGUACCUGAAAACCCAAACACCUUAAGAUAUUUAUGCGAAUGGCAUAAACGUCAACCUGUAUCCAUUACUCAUUCAUCAGCAGUUUUGUCUCCAUCUCAUCCAAUAACCAAAAACUGUCAUGAUUCCUCGGCAUGUAGCUUAGAUCUAAGUGAUGGUAAUACUACUGUUGAUGAAACUACGCAGUCACAUACCUCCCAUCAGAAAAAAUCGCCCAAAAGUUUAAAGAAUUCAAAAAUCUAUUUAGAAUAUCGUAUAUCAUUUAGCAGGCGUACAUUACCUGAACCAGCUCCGAACCUGCCUGAUAAUUAUGAAUCUAUGUCGAAAAAAGAAGUAAAAAGUUUAUUAAGGAGAAAUCAUAGCCAUUUACCAACUAUAAUUUCUUGUUUAAAACGUGGAAGAUUUUCUGAUGCAUUGGAUCUAUCAUUUUUAUUGCUUGAUCACCCAUCGUGGGCUGUGUACCACGAACCUUGGCGCCUCUUACGGAAAAGUAUAUUAUGUCUCGGCAAAACAAAUUCCCAGGUUUUACGUGCAUGGACUAUGCGAAAGUGGUAUUGGAAUAAAUUGCAACUUUCCUUACCUAAUUUACCUAUUAUUGCCAAGUCUAUGAAGCUAUUGUUGAAUAAACUUGAUUUGACCGAGUCCAAUCAAUGCAAUGAUGAGGAAUCAAAAUUGAAUGAUCGUUUAAAUGUCCAAUUAACAAUUAUUACUAAUAUGAAACCAGUUAUUUUCCCAGAGUUUUCUAAUACAAACUUAUCUUGAUUAUAUAUAUGCAUGUAUAUAUACUAUAUGAGAUCCAUUUGAAAUAUAUUGCGCAUUGACUAAGGUGUGUGUAAUUCAUUUUAAACUGCGUUUAUAAUAAACGUAUAAUGCU